UCGAGUCUUCCGAUACCAUCGACAAUGUCAAGGCCAAGAUCCAGGACAAGCAGUAUUGUCCCGCUUGCGCCUGCGUUAUGGUCCUCGUUGUUAAGCCCACGCCCGAGACAGAGUCCCUCCACGCGAUCGACAAUGUUAAGGCCAAGAUCCAGGACAAGGAGUAUAGAAAAGAGGGAUCUGGUUCGCUAUGCACCGCCGCUACAUGUAUUCACCUCAAGCCUGCGCCCGAGGUGGAGUCGACGUACAUGGGUCACUGUGUGAAGGCGAAGAUCCAGGAUAAGGAGUAUAGAAAGGAGGCAUCCAGGGCCGGCGCUGUGUACAUCCUCUUCACGCCCACGCCCGAAAUCGAGUCUUCCGAUACCAUCGACAAUGUCAAGGCCAAGAUCCAGGACAAGCAGUAUUGUCCCGCUUGCACUCGCAUGAUGGUCCUCGUUGUUGAGCCUACGCCCGGGGCCGAGUCGCUCCACGGGAUCGACAAUGUUAAGGCCAAGAUCGAAGACAAGGAGUAUAGAAGGGAGAGAUCUAGUCUCCUAUGCGCCACCGCUAUACAUAUCUUCCGCAAGCCUGCGCCCGAGGUCGAGUCUGCCGACGCGAUCGACUAUGUCAAGGCCAAGAUCCAUGACAAGGAGUAUGAGAAUAGAAGGAAGCCUCGCCGUGCGCUGCUGCGUCUAUCAGCGUUGAGCCCGCGCCCGAAAUGGAGUCGUCGGGCACGAUCGACAAUGUCAUGGUUAGGGUCCAGGACACAAAGUAUGGGCAGGCGGCUUCUCAGGUUUACUUGCGCCGACGCCGCGCGCACCGUCAUCGACCCGACGCCAGAGGUCGAGUCUUCCGAUCCAGGAUAA